GAACAUCAUCCAACUCUUCGAUCGAUCAUGACAAUGCAAAUGAUUCCUCGCUAGGGUUUUCGACUUUUCACAUUAUACGUCUCAUGGCACGACGUCGCCGACCCCCGAGACCUGGUGCGCUGACCGAGCUCCCUCCAUUGAAGAUCUUGAGCCAGAUCAUUCUGCUGCAAACGAUAUGGUACACAGUUGGGACGGGGCUGAUAUUAUUCACGGCGCUGGUCGCGGGGAGCCAUUUUGAUAUGGAUCUGGUACUUAGUUGGAGAAGUGUACGAGGUGAUACGACAGUAGGCUGGAUGCUGGGCUUCGUUUGGCUCCUCAACUCGUUCCUUGGAGUAAUUGCUAUCCUCUUCUUUAUAUCCCGCAGUAAACUGGUGCCUGACUUCGCUCUCACACUCCACUUCAUCCACUUCAUUAUUACAUCCUUGUACUCGCAUUCGAUUCCUCGAAAUUGGCUAUGGUGGGGGCUACAGAUUGCCAGCGCGGGCAUGAUGACGAGUCUAGGCGUAUGGAGCUGCCAAUGGCGAGAGUUGCGGCCAAUCGCGUUUGGGGGGUCGAGUAAUACGCAGGCUUCCGGAGAGACUGUCCCGCCAAGUGAUGGUGACGAGGAGCAAGGAUCUGGACGUGGCAGAGGGCGAGGGAGGGGCAGAGAUGGUGCAGGAGAAUAUGAAAUGGUGGGAAUGAAUGGAGAGAUUGGAAUGACUUGAAGCUUUAUCAUACUUCUUGAAUGGGAGUACAUACCUGGUGAAUGGCAUUUGAAGGCGUUUCUGGCUGCUAAUCUUGUAUUUCUACUGUCCUGUUGAACGCAUGGAUUCCUGUUCGGGCCAGUUAAUGGUAUGGUGAUACCCAGACAGGUUCAAUCAUCCUUUGUCCAUCC